CCCUGUUGCUAUGCCCGGAAAAUAAAAGCAACCACACUGUCAAGUAGUCACUUCAUAUGGUGAAUACCACUUCAGCCGUCAGUUUCAAGAUGCCAAAAUGAACUGACAUGUAGUGUCUGCAAGAUGGAGUGGAACGAAUUUCCAUGUGGCAAAUGGACAGAAUCCCAUGUGAGCUCCUGGUUAAAAUCCAUUGGAGUGAAAGAGAAGUACAUUCUGAAACUGUACGAAGAGGAGGUUACAGGACCUGCACUAAUGAGGCUGCAAAGAGAAUAUCUACGUGACACAAUUGAAAUGAAAGGUGGCCAAAUCGAACUUCUGCUAUCUAAUCGUAAUGAUCUAUCGAAGCCAAGACCACAGAAACUAAAAGCAGGCAGUAGCACACAGAGAGAUACCAGAAAUGUUGAAUCCAUUGCUGCAUCCACACAAGAGUCAAAAGACAAAGUUGAGUGUACCAGUGAAACAAGUGAAAAUGAAAAAACAUCAAUUGGCGCAUCUUCUUCUCUAAGUAACUUCCGUGUAUUUGAUGAACAUGACAAAGACUUCCGAUAUGUCAAGCACAGAGUGCUUCCACCAGAGACUGGAAUUGAAAACAUGAUUGUUCCAUGCCAUGAAUACAAAUCACUGGAAAUUGCCCACAAAUUAGAACCACUGAAGCUUAGAGUCAAAGUCGCAAGUGAGGUAAUCAGAUUUGCUUGUGGGUGCAUGAACAUGCGGACCAAUGGCACAAUACACUUUGGGGUCAUGGAUAAGAUUAAAGGCAGCUACAAGCAUGGUGAAAUCAUCGGAAUACCAGUUGAAAACCAAAGUGACUUUGUGGAUGCAUUGGACUACAUUGAAAACUGCUUCAAGGAUUUAAACCACCAUUCUGAUGCCAGGAAAUGCAUAAGGAAUCCAAAGUUUAUUGAGGUAAUUGACAAGGGGAGCAGUGGAGGAAACUGGAUCAUUGAAUUUGAUGUUGUCCCAAAGGCAAGAGUGGUGAAAGACCAACUCUACAGUGUUACUAUUCCAAAGUUCAGCGAGAAAACCAACAAAGUAAUCUAUGAGGAGAAAGCACCAUACCACAGAGUAGGGGCCAAUACACCCCGCAUACCUGGUGAAGACUUAGUUCAUUUCAUUCAAGGACUGAAAGAGAAAGAUCUACAGAGGGAAGAGGCAGAGUCUUCUACCAGUCAAACAGCUGCAGACACUAGGGAGGAUCUUGGGAGAAAAUUGUCAAUUCUCUUGACCUGUGGAAAAAAGUACAUGGAUGACACCUUGUCAUUCAUCAUUGUGACAAAUAAGUUUCAAGAAGAACAUCUGAAGACUAUCAACUUCUUAGUGCACAUGAAAAUAUUCUGUGUUUUUGACUUCGAUCCAGACUCCAAAACAUCUGGACUUUGUGGACAAUAUCGUGAGCACCAUGCUGCUAACCUCCACUUUUUGCAUGACUUUGCUAUUGAUCCUGGUCUAAGCACCACUGACUUCAAGAAGAGCUUACAGCUAUUUGAUAGGACAAGCUGGAUAUUCUGCAAUGGGCGGAAUCAUUACCUUGGUGGAGAAGAUCCUUGUGAUGAAAAAACCUGGAUCAGAACAAAGAAAAAACAACUGAAAAGGACUGUCUCUGUCAUCUGCAAUGAAAUCCUUCCUAAAGGUUCAUUUGUGGUGCUUUUCUUGCUCAUGUCUCAGGUCGAACAGCCACUUGUUGAUACAUUUCAUGAAUUCUAUGCAGAAAUGAAUGGCCAUGAGGAUUUGGCUAUCAUUUCAGAGUCCAAAGAGAACUACAACAAGUGGUCAAGUCUCGCUCAAGCGUCUUGUGAUUUGGAAUCACUGGAACAAAUUAGUAUUGUUGGCAUGCCAAUGAGUCAUGUAGAUGCUACAAUUCAAAGCAUUCAGCUUUCCAAUAAACAACUGACUCGACGCUUACCUGUGUUCAACAAAGGUCUGUGCUUCCUGAAGCCUAUAGAUGAAGACACAAUGCUUUCUCUGGACAUAGUCAGUACUGAUCAGUGUGAAGAAACAAACUUGGAUGUAAUGGGCAAUGACCAAGUUAGUAACAUUGAGAAGUAUUUCUAUCAAGGAGGGAAAAUCAGCUGGAUGCACUUGUGGCUUGCAGAAAAAGUGAAGUGUGAAGAGGUCAUUCAGAGAGACGCAUACAAAGAAACAACCAAGAUUUUAGAGGCCAUUUUACAGGAUGAUACAACAAAAAGGUCCAUUCAGAGUGUCAACAUAUGUCACCAACCUGGCAGUGGUGGAAGCACAGUCGCACAUCAGAUCCUCUGGAACUGUCGAACCAAACUCCGGUGUGCAGUGGUUAAGCAAUCAUACCUAAUUCAAACUGUAUGUCAGCAUUCAGUACGCCUGCGAGAAUAUGAAGAGAAAGACAAAAACCGUUGUCUCCCGGUGCUCUUGCUGCUGGAUGACUGUAAUGCAGAGUAUAUAGAUGAGU